AUCCAGAAGAUCAUGUUAGAUAUGUUGCAAAACAGCGUGUCUCAAAUGAGGAAACUUAUAAUGAAAGAAUGGCAGAUUUCAAAGAUUGGUAUAAUGAAGAAGUAUAUACUAGCCUUGAAAAUUUAUAUAAGUUGUAUUUCAAAUUAGCUAGUCAGGAAAAAGUUGUAGAAAAAAGAUCCAAAGAAGAAGUAGAUAAUAUUCUUCAAAGAAUUCACAGUUUAGAAAUUUAA